UAGAAAGACAUUGAAUAUAACGAAGGACGACGAAUUUGUGGGUCCUUGCUCCUGUACCUCUGAGAUCACACACGAAACGACCGACGAUAGGAAUGUUUACUCGUUGGAUAUGAGCACUAUAUCCGAACGCACGGACGACGCGUCGAAAACCGUGAACGAAACAGGAACUGAAAAUGUAACUGUUUCUGGGAGCAGUACAGAGUACACGGAGGAUACGUUGGAGAAACGGGAUGCAAAUAGAUCCGAGUAUCGUGAGAAAUUUAGCGACUCUUCCGAAUACGAGGAGCCAAGCGAUUUGGAAGAAACGAAGGACGAGGCGACGGAAAUAAGCGAACCUGUGCGUAAGGAGUCUAGGAUGAAAGGUGGCGCGUCUAUGAAAGAGAAUAUCAAAAGAUUGAUAGCUCGUAGAGGAACAGAGAAAGUGGCCGAGUUUACGGAAGGGGAGACGGAGAGAUUAAUGUCCGAAGAACAAACCGUGGAAAUGUCUGCGAAAGAGGACAGGAAAAAGUCGACUCAGGAACGAGUUAUGGAAACGUCUACUGUUUCAUACGAUUCCCCAUUGCACGAUCCGCUGGCGGGGUUGGAAGUGUACGGCGUUCAUCAUAAAUCGAAGAAAAAAACUAGACCUAAGAGACUCGAAACAGUCGUGGAACGAGGCUCUGAAGGGAAGAAGAUGAAGGAAUCUAAGGUACAGGAUACAGAAGAGAAACCUGUAGAAGCUGAUGAGAAAGCUAAGAAAAUAUCCGUCGAUUCGCAAACUGUUGAAUCGAAGAUCGACAAGGCUACCGAUUUACCUGAUAAAAGCAGACAUACUCAAACAAAGUUCUAUCAGCGCGAUAGGAAAGAGAAAAGUAAACGUACUGAAAGAGAUAUUGAAGCCUCGGGUGUAAAGGAAAAAAGUAAAGAAAGGAAGGAAACGUCUUCCAAGAGGAAAGAACGCGACCAGAGAAGGCUCAGAGAAGGAGAUCGCGUUAAAUCAUCGAAACGGAAGAAACCAAGUUCGGAAAAGUCGACUGUGUCGGACGAGGAGGAAUUCUAUUCUGGAAAAAGAAGAAGGGGAAAACGUCAGCGAAAAAUCAAAUUACAAUACGAAGAGGGGAAACCAUCUCGAAGGGAGCGGCGGAAAUAUGCGAGGGACGAAGAAUGCGAGGACUACUAUGCAGAAGAAAGAUUAGACGAAGUUCCGGAAGUCUUCAGUGAAAGAAAGGCAAGAAAGAAACGAGAGCCGUGCAAAGAUAAAUAUACUCAAUAUGAUCGUCCUGCGUAUCCUCCACAACAAUACUCUAGAAUGGAUGUUUACGGACCUUACGAGGAUGCUUCUCCAUCGAACGUUUUACGCGAAAGACCUUGUCGCUGUCAUCCCCAACAUGAGGUAAACCUUUGCGGAAGGUCCUCUUCUGGGUCACGCGACGAAGUCUCCAGGCACCCAAGAGAUUAUCCAGGAAUAUCGACGCAAAGGUUCGAAAUGCCUAGGGUGAAGAAAUAUUUACCCAUGUACCAAAGUCCGGGAUUAAUUGAAGAAUUGAAGCGACACGAUCGUAUGAGAUUAAUUCGCGAGAGGGAAGCUAGAAGACACAAACAGGAUACUAUUCCGCUCCGUUCGAAGAUGGAGCGUAAAAAAUCCGAACGUAUCAUAGUGUGCCACCCUCCAACGUCUAUGAGACCGGUUGACAGAGAUGACAAGCUCCCCUAUCAAGAGACGCAAGCUUAUAAAAACGUGUUGUGUGAAUUUCGGAAGAACGUGCGUCGGAGAAGUCGCGAAAAUCGUGAGGAUAGCAUACCUUUGAUACGUUUGUCUAAAAAAGCAGAUAAAAGUAAAAAAGUGAAGCAGUUGUAUCCUUCCAAAGGACAGAAUCGUAGGAAAUCUGACACUGUAAAGAAAUUUGCUAACAAAAUAAUUGGGUCGUUCAAGCCAGUCACGUGUAAAAAGCAUAAGUGUAAGAGACUUUCUCAAAAUUUAACGUUGGAACGAAUGGAUGCAUCAUAUUACGAUUAUUCCCUGGAUCCAGAAGUUUUGAGCGAUAUGUCCACUUGCAAUUGCUCGAAAGAUGGCCGUAAAUCUGGGGCUGCGACUUCUGCUGAUGAGACAACUGAUAAUAACGAUUCGACGCAGUAA